AUGUCAUUAAUAGACACCUCAAAAUACCAUAAGCUAGUUAUUUAUCUGUACUACCAAGCUAUCUACAUCCCCCUACAUACAGUAUACUUGGUACUCCCAUACAGUAUAUUUCACUUCUACCGUUUCUCCCUAAAAUUUCAUGCAGAUCAUCCUGACACCCGAUUUUAUCGCGAAACGGUUUCUUCACCUCCAACACUCCUUCACCAUAUGUUUGGCAAAGAGGGCACCUUCAGGCCCCGGUACGGCAAGAAGCGCUCCAUCUUGCCGUUGUCGACAACAUUCCAUAAUAUAAACCGUCAGAAAUGGGCAAAACUCGCCGCUACAAUUCUCACGUUUGUUCUCUUGUUGUCGUUUCUUAAUCCAUUGCCCACGUUAACUCGACUUGUUAAACGCAAAAAUGCUCACAGCUAUCCACCAGCUCACCCGCUAACCAGCACGAAUGCCAUAGAGACAAAUUCAAGGUAUAUUUUCCCUCCUGUGGAGCAUGCACUGGCACUCAAACAAAUCGAUAUCAACGAAUUGUUCAAAAUUUACCAAGUACGUGACGCCAACACCCCAGAUAUCGAAAAGACGAUUAUAGAGUCGCUCAACAAGCUCGACAACCCGGACCCAGCGGUUCAAAAGGCCAAAGAAGACGAGGAAAACAAGGGUUCUGAAAAAGCUAAAAUCAUCAAUGCUUUCAAAAACCACGACAAAAUCGUGUAUCGCCCCAAGUCCAAGACGGGGUAUCCCAAGGUGGUGGUUGUGACGUCCAUUGACUUCCAGAAGUACUCACAAGAAACCUUGGUGUCUCUUGUCCAGAACAGAGUCGACUAUGCUCAUGCUCAGAACUACGGAGUUUAUGUCCGAUGGCAUCAGGAAUUCUUGCCGGUGCUCAGCUCUUUAAGCUACCUCCAGACCCAUGAAAAGGCCAAAUGGGUUCGCUUGUAUUGUAUGAGGGCGGCUAUGCUAGCAUUUCCCCAUGCAGAAUGGUUCUGGUAUUUGGACCAGGAUGGACUCGUGAUGAAACAGAGCAUUGAUCUUCUUCAAUACGUAUUGAAUACCGAGUCUUUGGAUCCAAUAAUGAUGCGGGAGACCCCCCUUGUUCCUCCAGACGGUGCUAUCAAAACCUACCGUAAUUCUAAGGCAUCCACGGUCAGAUUGAUAGCUACACAAUCCAACAAGAAACUCGAAACCUACUCGUUCAUCGUAAAAAACGAUGACAUCGGGAGAGCAAUCGUGAACAUGUGGGGAGACCCAUUGUACUUGAACUAUCCCAACUUUCAUUUCGGAUUGGAUUCUGCACUUACCCACAUUCUCCAAUGGCAUCCAUUUGUAUUGAGUAAAACUGCUAUAAUACCUGCCAGAACCAUUGGUGCUAGGUAUGUGAAUGACAAGUCCAAAGACGAUAAGACCAGCUAUUUCAAGAAUGAUUUUGUUGCACAGUGGGCUGAUUGUGAAAACCCUGUAACUUGUGAGGCUAGCUUUCAGGCAGCAUUCAAGGAACACCAGCGCUAG